ACUAGGAUUGUUGCAUGUUGUUGAAACUGCGUUAGACUGUUGGGAUCUAUGUGGCAAUAGGUUACUCGGCGCUGACCCCGUGUCUGUUGCGCGAACGAACGUUGUUUAACACGUGUGAAAUUACACGCGUACCAUAGUGGAUCAUACGGUUUUCAGUUGUUUAUGCGAUCGAUGCCAUCCGUGUUGGGUGGUUGGAUGAUUAUGGUUUGUCGGCGCUAAUCGAUACAAUUAAUUAGUUCAUCAGGAUCGGAUCAGAUUUGUGGCCGUCAGUUCCAGGUGUUGAGUGCGUGGCGGAGAAACAAAAACCCCGAUUUAAGUUUUGUAUAUCUAGUCGUGAAGAACAAAUGGUAACCGAAGAAUGAUUGCUGGAACAAACGCAUUCUCGGCAUAGACUUUUGGCCGGCAAGAGAAAUGAAAAGUUGUGUGCUCACUAUCUGCUGCCGCGAUUGUGUGAUUCAAGGGUGAUAGACGACCACCGAAGAAGACGUUGCUGUUGGUUGGGACAUUAGACUACAGAAGAAUAGCAGUGCGCCCCAAGAGAGCACGUAUCAACUAGGCUCAGCCAUGACGACACUGCUGAAGAACGUGACCAACAGUAUCUGGCAUGCGUUUCGCGCCCUACAGCAGGACUGCUCCGGAUUUGUGGGGAAAUCCAAACUGAAGGUUCUCACAGCCAACAUCGCCACCCUGCUGGAUCUGUAUGGUGUGGAGCGAGGGCUCGAUCAUUACCGAUCGACACCGACGCUGAACUUUGACCACUAUCUGUACUACUUGGGUCAGGAGGUGUUCUGCUCCGUUUCCAACGAGCUUCCGCUGUCGGCCGUACGCAACUACGAAAGCAAGAUUGAUGAGGUGUGCUGGUUGGUUUGUCACAAGGACUUUCAACUUAAGGAUGCUUACUUCACGGAGGAGGCCACCUAUCAGUUGUUCCGGAUAUUCUGCAUGAUGGCCGAUUUGUAUAAUGAUGAAUUGGACGAUAACUUGUUUACGGUAAAGAUCCAUCCUUCGGAAGCUUUGAUCGUCGUUAAGCAGCUGUUGAACUCGCUCGGUUUGGACUACAACAAUGAAGAGAAGUACGACUACUUGAAAAAGUGGGACGAUGGGCUAGAAUUUGGUGAAUUUCUAGUAAUUUUGAGAUUCAAAGACUUCGAUAAGCUGAAUGAUUACGUAGCGUCGAUUUGCGAAGCCAUUAGGGACAUAUAUCAAACUUUGAUCAUGGAUGUGAUCAAGAAGGGUUACUUGUUCAGGAGGGGAUAUGUGCUGCCAACAUUCCGGGAGUACUUUUUCGUGCUUCAACCUUGUGAGUUGACGUAUUACAAGCAUCACACGGAUCGAGAUGUAUGCGGGACGAUAGCGCUUGAUUCGAAAUUUAACGUCAAGCCCUGCAUAUCGUCCUCGGGAAAGACUGAACGCAUCCCAAAGUUUACCCUGAUUUCGGGUGAUCGCGCAUAUGAAUUAGGAGCACAGGAUCACAAAACACGUCUCCAGUGGAUAUCGGCCUUACAGUUGGCCAUAACGUAUUCCACAGGGCGUGAAGGUUUUCAACGAGAUACGGUAAAUCGUAGGAAACAGCAACGCGAGUUGGAACUUAGGAAACGACAGGAAGAGGAACGGCUACGUAGCAUUCAUCUGAAACAGCUGGAAGAAACCAAUGUUCAGUUAGAACAAGAGAAGCUGGCACGUCUGGCAGCGGAAUCGCAAGCACGACAGUACGAAGCGGUAGCACGAGAAGAUUCUCGUAGGGUCGCUGAACUAGAAGAUGUAAAGUUGUGUCUGGAGAGAAUGCUUGAAGAUGAGAUUCAGGCCAAGCGGGACGAGGAAAUUGUGAGGGCACUGCAGGCAAGAGUGUUAGCGGAAGAGUGGGAGAAACGAGAAGAGUUAGAGCAAUUGCAGUCAGAGCAGAAAGCCCUGCUGGAACUGGAGCGUCAGAAACGGAUUGAGUUCGAGCAUAUGCAGCAGGAAAACGAGAAACGAUUCAAGGAAGCUGAACAAAAAUUACGCCAAUUGGAGGAGGAACGCAAGAAGUUGGACCGAGAGCUUAAUAUGGCCAGGCAGAAGAUAAAGCUGUCCGAGGAUAACAAGGGAAUAGUCGAGGCCAAACUACAAGCCAUUGCCCCGACGUAUCGCAAAGCGCCGGACUUUAUGAUUCGCAGAACGCAGUCGUUUGUGGCAUCCGAUCGACCGGUGAUCGUCGCAGCUCCUCGUUAGAACGCGUCACCAUUUUGCAGUGCCAGUAUAAUAAGAUCUUGUUUUAGUCAUUCGAAGACAACCACGAGGAUGGAUCGUUCUUUCUGUUGAGUAAAUUAUUAGACUAGAUUACUUAAGAAGUUCAGUAUUUUUAUUAUCGUUUGGUGCCGCCACUAACUCAUUAUUGUGAAGCAAUAUUUUAAGACUAAGAUUUUUUAUAAAGUAUACAUUUUACAUUCCAUUAACA